UGCUAAUGUUGUAGUCAUUUGUUAAAAGGCAGAGGAAAACUUUUACCGUGGCAGUUUUAGCUCAACGCCGAUCAACAUCACGUAUCGGCAUUAUCUUCACUAUGUUUUUUCCGAGUUGAUAGAAUGAACAGUGCCAACAGAGAAAAGCAGAUAUUUUGUUUGUAGACAUUUUAUAGGUAGCUAACGGUUAGCUAGCCUGUUCUGGCCAACUGAGAGAUUGUCACUCUGUCAACAAGUUUUGUUCGACAUGGACUCCGCAGCGCUGGAACUUGAUGCUGUCACUUUUGCCAAAACAGCUGUAACAUAUGACCAGAAUGGCAAAUAUAACGAGGCUGUAUUUUAUUAUAAGGAGGCAGCUCAGGCCCUCAUUUAUGCUGGCAUGGCAGGGUCCAAACUGGAAGGGAUCCAGGAGAAAGUGAAUGAAUACUUGGAUCGGGUUCAAGCCCUCCACAAUGCAGUUCAAGCACAGAAAAGUGACCCACUGAAGUCCCGGCACCAGGUGGACCUGGAACGUGCCCACUUCCUGGUUACCCAAGCCUUUGAGGAAGAUGAAAAGGGAAAUGAUGAUGAAGCUAUUGAACUGUACACUCAGGCUGUGGAGCUGUGCAUUAAAACGUCCAAUGAAACAUCUGAGCAAGUGGUGCAGAACAAACUGAAACAGCUGGCACGUCAAGCUUUAGACAGAGCCGAAGGUCUUAAAGAAUCUCAGUCCAAAACUGCUUCAGCUCAGGACAGGACGGGGGCUCCUGGAACCAAGCCCAGCACUGGCGCCAGUUCAGGAGGACCUGUCCGCCAGUUCCUCCCUCUUGGGCCAGACUUCAGCCUCAAUGACCGACAGCAAUCCCAACCUGUCCGGGCUGUGCAGUCCAGUGAGCCCCAAGGUCAGCGCUACACAUCUGAGGAGAUCGAGGUACUCAGGAGUACAUCUACAAUCAAUGGCAUAGCCUACGUGCCCUUCAUGAGCGUGGACCUUAAAGAGCGAUUUGCCUUUCCUGUACCUUUCUCGGACAAAUCAGGGAAACUGGCUUUGUCACCCAAACAGAAAGCCAUCUUCUCCCGCUGGGUUCGGCCAGAUGAGAUCUGCAAUAACCCCACCAUGAUCAUGUCUGUGUCCAGCUUCAGCAUCAAACAGACGGUGGUAUCUGACUGUUCGUUUGUGGCCUCUUUAGCCAUCAGUGCAGCCUACGAGAGACGCUACAACAAAAAACUCAUCACCAGCAUAAUCUUCCCUCAGAACAGACGAGGAGAGCCAGAAUACAACCCCUGUGGAAAGUACAUGGUCAAACUCCAUAUCAACGGAGUUCCCAGGAAGGUUAUUAUAGAUGACUUCCUCCCAGUGGAUCGCAAUGGAGAGUUAUUGUGCUCCUACUCCAGCAAUAGGAACGAGCUCUGGGUGUCCCUGAUUGAGAAGGCCUACAUGAAGGUGAUGGGCGGCUACGACUUCCCUGGUUCCAACUCGAAUAUUGAUCUGCAUGCUCUCACUGGGUGGAUCCCUGAACGCAUCGCUAUGCACUCUGACAAUCAGUCAUUCAACAGGGACGACACCUUCCGCAUGCUCUUCCAGAGGUUUCACAGGGGUGACGUUCUCAUCACCACAGCAACGGGUGUAAUGACAGAGGAGGAAGGGGAAAGAUGGGGUUUAGUGCCAACACACGCCUACGCUGUUCUUGACAUCAGGGAAUACAAGAAAAUGCGAUUCCUGCAGCUAAAGAAUCCGUGGAGUCAUCUGCGGUGGAAGGGACGCUACAGUGAGCGCGAUGAGAAGAACUGGACACCUGAGCUCCUGAAAUACCUCAACUUUGACCCCAAGACAGCUCAGAAGUUUGAUAACGGUGUGUUCUGGAUCGCAUGGGAGGACCUUUGUCAAUACUAUGAUGUCAUCUACCUGAGCUGGAAUCCUGCACUCUUUAAAAACUCCUCCUGUAUUCACAGUACCUGGGAUGGAAAGCAGGGUCCAGUGAAGGAUGUCUACAGUCUUGCCAACAAUCCCCAGUACAGGCUGGAGGUUCAGUGUCCAGCUGGUGGUGCUGCUGUGUGGGUGCUUCUCACCAGACACAUCACUGAUAAGGAUGAUUUUGCACAAAACAGAGAGUUCAUCACGCUGGUCGUUUACAAGACGGAUGGCAAGAAGGUUUACUAUCCAGCGGACCCCCCUCCUUUCAUAGAUGGCAUCCGUAUCAACAGUCCACACUAUCUGACCAAGAUGAAGCUGACCAGUGCAGGAACACACACCUUUACCCUGGUGGUUUCCCAGUAUGAGAAACAGAACACCAUCAACUACACACUGCGGGUCUACACUGGAUGCAAAUUCACCUUCUCCAAGAUCCCAAAUCCCUUCACUCACACAAAAAGGAUCAAUGGUCAGUGGAAGGGGCUCAGUGCCGGUGGCUGUGGAAACUACAAAGACUCAUACAAAAACAACCCAAUCUAUCAGAUUAACCUGGAACGGUCCGGACCGCUGCUCAUUGAGCUCCGAGGAUCCAGGCAGUACAGCGUUGGGUUUGAGAUGGUGACAGUGUCGACAGUGGGUGAGCCAGGCUCAGCUGCUUUCCACAAGAAGAGCAGUGGCGAUUACAGAUGUGGUUUCUGCUACAUGGAGGUGGAUCAUGUCCCAGCAGGCAUCUAUAACGUCACCCCCACCACUUUCCUGCCUAAACAGGAAGGACCCUUCUUUUUGGACUUCAGCAGUACUUCAACCCUGAAGGUCUCCCAGCUCCAGUGAAGAUGGAGCUGGGAUUGGGAGGAAGGUACUUGGUGGCAUUGUGGAAUAUAUUUCUGAAACUGCAUUUUGGAAGUGUCAAGGCCUCCACAAAGCCCAGAAUGUGACUGCUCCUAGCAUUUUCUCUUCUUUCACUGAGACUUUUGCUGAUGUGGACUUGAAUUUCAAAACUGACUCAAGGAUACCACAAAUCUGUUCUGGAGAUAUAAUCAAGAGGCACUUUGAUAUGGACUAAAACACAUAACCAUCAAGGCAUCUUGGGACAAAAACAAAAAAACAUCUCUGCCAAAUUAGAAAACAGCCCAUUACAAGCCUCACAAAGUAAUGGUGUUAAUAGCAGUAACUCCUUUUGCCCUAAUAAGGCACACAGUUCCUCAAAUAGAAUAAUUAGUAUCAACAUUUUUGUUCUUAUUGUAGGCAAAUCUGAGUGAUUUCAUGGAACAAUAAUGAUUAUACAGACACAUCUGGGAUUCAUCGGGAUGUGGAGCAGUAAUGGGGUUGAAGCUGCAGAAUUAGUGACAUCGCUACUUAAACACAGCAGAUUUUUCUACUUCUUCACAGGAUCUGUUUUACUGCGGUGAACACCUCAGCACUAAAGAGCUACAGCCUUGUGGUUUCGAAUCACAGGUUUAAUUUUAAGACAAGGAUGAUGUAUUUAAGAUAUGACGGUACUUUUGGAUUGUAGCUGAGUGCAUUCAGCCUAAAAUGUGACCAGCAGCAAGCCAACCAGUGUUGAACUAUACACAUAAGUAAAUGAAAUGAUGAAGCUGAAAUUCAAAAUUAAUUACAAGACCAGGGGAAAAAACACAUAACUCUCAUAUAAAUGAGAAAAGUAGUCCAAUGGUUUCAUGUUUGAGGUGCUCAUUACUUCAAAGCUUCAAAGACACUGACAACCACAAUUAAAAAAAACACAACAUGCUGUUUCUGAGAAGUAAUUAAAUCACUUUCAGAGUAUAUCGAAAUCUUAUCUGUUGUGACAUUCACUUCUUCUAGCAAUUAAAUAAGCUGCCAAAAAAGCUGUUUAAAAAAACGGUUAACAUGUCAGGUGGAAGGGGCAGUUAGUUUCUUUGAACGACCAACAAAAUAUUUUUUUUUAAUUCUCAGGAGCAGUGCAGCAGAGCAGCAUCACAGGGAAUCCAGUAUGGCAGCAGUCGAAUGAUGUCUCUACAUGUUGUCUGUGGAUGUGAUGGCUGAGUGAGAAACAUCAGCCUGAUUUCACUGACAGGCUUCACGUUGAGUUUGUUAUACCUGAGCGUGCGUAUGUGGGUGCGUGUAGAUGUCUGAUUGUCACUGUUACAAACUGAAAUGUCUUGCCAAGUACCCAUAAUAUGUUUACCUUUUGUUUUGUCGAUGCACUGCACUUUAAACUCUUUUUCAUCGUGUUUACUCUUUGGUUCAUUGGUGCAAACAGCAGCUCAACCUAAGUCACCGUGUUUCCUCAGUUUAUCGUGUAGAAAGUUUCUUUUGGGUGAUGUCAGCUAUCAGCAGUCUGUCAUGUACAGAUGCUGCUGCUAUAUUCAUUGCUGCUCAUCUCUGCCAAGCUUUACAGUUGCAUCACAAAUCCCUGGGCAACAAUAUGUGUUGCAAUCAUAGAGGUACGUCUGUAAGAGAUUGUAUUAGAUUUGGAUUUGGGCUAGAGACCCUGAAAUACCAAUGCUGAAAUUAACAUGAGGAAUAUGUUGCAUCAUGUGGAAGCAGCCGGCCAAUAUUACGCUCAUUAACUGUACUGUAUGCUUAGAGACAUUUGAAUGGAAAAACAUCGAGUCAACUCAUCGAAGGACUUUUGAUCUCAUAAGAAGAAAGGUUCAGUGCUUUUCUCAUUGCAUUGCAACUUGCAGACUCAAAAUCUACAGGCCAUUUUUUUCUGGAGUUUUCAGCAUCAAAGUUUAUGCUUCACCUUGGGAACAUAGUUUGAAAAAUGAUAAAGUCAGCUUACUAUAUGCUUUUUGUUUGUUUGUUUUUUUUUAGCUUUUAAUUGCAUCAGAGUUUAACUAAAAGUGAAGGAGUUCAGUCAGUUAUCACAGAGCUGAUUGUAGUUGUUUGAGGACCUAAGAACCAUCUCUGUGAUAUUCAAGCCCUUAUUGUAAAGAAAAGCUCCUGAAAAAACAGCUCAAGUAAUGAAAACUUUCUUCAGUCCAUCCAUCCAUUUUUUAUUUUUAUGUUUUGGGGUUUUUUUUAUGCUGGAGCCUAUCCCAGCUGCUAUAGGGUAAAAUUCAGGGUACACCACGGACAGGUCGGCAGGUUGUUGCAGGGUUAGUGCAACUAGAUAGACAACCAUUCAUACUCAGUUCACACCUGCAGCCAAUUUACAUUUAGUUAACCUAAACCUAUUUUGCAAACUCAGAAGCUAAGUAACAGAGAGCAAACACUUGGGAAAUAAUUAUUAAACUUAAUUUUAAUUUUAACUUUAAUAUGAUUCACUUUACAAAUGUGUAUUGUGGGCCAUUAUACUUGUCAUUUUCGCCCUUGUGAAUGGAUAUGAGGACACUGAUGUCAGAUCCACUGGCACAAGCCAUGCUAGUGUCAUUUUGCAUGGUCAUGCACCAUCCAGUUUCUGUAACCUCACAAGUGUUUCUGUUCCCUCAAAAAUGCCAUAAAGCAAAUAUAAAUGUCACCGUCAGUGCACGAAGCAACCAUUGCGGGGUGUAUAAUGGGCCCUGUAGUGCCAUGGCUGCAUGCUGAAGAAGUCUGUGUUCAAUGAGAACAAUGCACAGCUGUAAACCCCUGCGUGAGCCACCCUCAGUCUGCUUAAUGAUUUCACUAAUUUAAUUUGAAUUGUUCAUAAAAUGAAGGGGAGAAAUCCAAAACAUGCAGUUUACAGUGGUGUAAAACACUGAAAAAGAGUUAAUCAUCACUUACAUAAACAUAUGUAUGAAGCAUUUUUGCACAAAUGAUUAAGUGAUUUUCAAAAUAGUUGCUGAUGGAUUUUCUGUUGUUUAACACGCCACGCGAUGCUGUGCUGUGCGCUUCUUGUUCACAACAUUACAGAAGCCUCUUCGCAAUAAAUCAGAUAAAACUGCUUAUCUUAUUUUUGGCUUGGCUUUUUGAUCAAUUUAUUUUGAAUAUUUAAAUUUUUUAUGUGAAUCGUGUACAUCUCGUCUGUGUACCAUUAUUCUUUUGCAAUGGAAAAAGCACGUGUGCAGUGGAGGCGGACUGUAAAUGAAUUAGUAAUGUUGGUGUGUAAAAAGAUUGACGUAAACCGUUCAGCUUUAAAUAUCCAUUGCAAGGGACUUCUUUUCACCUGUUGACUGAUGAUAAUUUAUUGUUGUAAUGAAUAUCCAUCUCUCACAAUACUGACGUGUCUUUUUAUUACUGACUAGCCGACUCAUUUAAAGAUGAAACAAGACAAUCUUGCAGCAACCUGCUGUGUGAAUGAUGAUAUUUGCAGAACUUGCACUAAGCGUUGAGUAGACUGGCAUGUUCAGAAUUUGAAUACAGAGAA